AUGCCUGAUAACUUAUCCAGCACAAUCACAAGUAGGAUUGGGUCACCACCACCAGCAGCAACUUCAUCUUUCUAUCCAGCUGAUGAACACUAUUUGGGCUUAUCCCAGUCUGAUUAUUUCCAUGAAAACAGCUUCACAACCUCUUACCGGUCCAGAAAUAGCCCUCUCGGAGACUUUCAGGCCAGCAGCAGCCAGUUUAUCAGCCAUGAAGGAUUGUAUGAAAGUCAGUUCAGUAAUCUUUCUCAGAUUCAAAAGCUAUUACACUUGAAACAAAAGCUAUUAGGCGAUCCUGACGAUUCGAAUGCUGUAAAUCACAAUCUUCAAGUAAAGGCGACACCGAAGGCAAUACUGAAGCUGAUGGACACUGAGGGGCUUACUAUCUUUCAUGUUAAGAGCCAUUUGCAGAAAUAUAGAAAUGCAAAGUACAUACCGGAGUCCAUUGAAGGAAAAACCGAGAAGAAGACUAGCACGAAUAACUCGGCUGAGAUCGACAUCAAAGCAGGAAUGCAACUAAAGGAGGCACUGCAGUUGCAGCUAGACGUGCAAAGGCGUCUACACGAGCAAUUAGAGAUUCAGAAGAAUUUACAGAUGAGGAUUGAAGAACAAGGCAAGCAGCUGAAAAUGAUGUUCGAUCAGCAACAAAAGACGACUCAAGAUCGUAUGCAAACAAACAAUACAAGCAACGAGUGUCCUAAUAACAACUCGUUCCAUAUGCCCGAAGAUCAUGAGAUUUUCAUUCUAGAAGGUUCUGAUGAUGAUAUGGACUUCCAGUCGAUGAUGAGCUAG